CGGAACAGCAGGUGUCGCCCUCGUUAUCAAUAACGUGAAUACUCCCUUCCGCAAAGCACAGCCCAAAGUCGAAGAAGAGGAGUGACUUUCAACCUUCUGCACGGCCACAACUUUACCACAAUGAAUAUUAUUCUUACGUCUUUUUCCCGCUUGCGCGGAAUACAUCUCUUAAACAGAGUCCCAACUGCCAACGCGGCAGUAAAUGGGACGUCUCACCUCCGAUCCUUUAGCGACUGGCUCGUCUCAAGAUCUCCUCCGGAUCGUCAUAUUUCUUCCCAGGCCGAGGGUGCGGGGGUCUUCCGGCAGCUUCCGUGGCAAUAUCAGCAAGUGCGGACGAGGAAAAGAGGAAUUGAGUAUCAGCCCAAAAACCUGAAACGUAAGAGGACCCACGGCUGGAUCAAGAGGCUCAGCACACGAGGCGGAAUUGAAGUGAUCUUGCGGCGGAUGUUGAAGGGACGCAAAUCGCUCUCGCACUGAACAUCGUUACUGGAAAGCAAGACUUUGAGGACUUUCUGGAUAUGAAAUCCUAAACUCUUUCAGAAAGCCCUUCAGAACUUGUGUAUUGUGUGGAGAAGUGAUACUCGCUGUGGAGCUGGGCAGUCAUGAGCGAUGGGUGGGAGGGUUGAAACUGGCCUUCACAAAACAAGUACUGUGGGCGGGUUCUUUCACCAAGUUAUAAGUCUCCCUAUAUGAAUAAACGAUUUCUUAAAUUACACUCUAAAAACACUCUUUUGUUUUAAAAUGAACCAUUCAUCAAUUUUCUUUCGUGCUUAUUGACCAGUGGGCCUGUAUUGCUCAUUGACAAUCUCCCUGAAGUCUCUCAAAUCUACCUACAACACUGGUGAGGACAAGCAGCACGGAAAUUUGAUUAUCGAGAUUAGCUUUGCUUCUUGAUUACCACUCAAAAUUUCACAAAUCCUUUCCAAUGGAAUUAGAUGGGCAACUUUUGUUCUUAUCAACUGUGACUGUCAGGAAUAUAUAUUUAGUUGAACACAGGGGCUCUAGUUCAACUCACAUACCCUUUCAUAAAUAUUUGCUCUUGUACCAUAUAUUCUACUCAGAAAAUAAAAAACCAAACAAAAAAACCCCAAGUAUAAUCUUAAAUGUCGACCUAAAAGAAUGUUUGCAUAGUAUUCAUGGCCCCUGUGUGGAAGAGUAUGUCAUUGUGUAUCAAUUUAACAGUCAGCAAGUUUAGUGUUAGCUGAACACACCUGGGGAGCUCACUGGGUGUCAAAUUCAAGGCCUGGGCCCCAGAUCUGGCCCACCAAAUCAAUUUAUGUGGCCCAACUCAUGCGUAUCCACUUCCAUGAUUCUUGCAAUAUUAGGUAACCCAAAAAUGAUCGUAUGUAAUAAGUAAUAACUGAGAUAUUGGAAGUAUUAUUUUGUUACCAAAUAUUCUGGACUUCUGAUUUCAAAACGAAUUCAGAAAUGCAUAGUCUAAUACCAUAACGAGGCAAUCAAAAUAAUUUUUUGGACUCACAGUCACAAUAUCUCUGAGGGGAAACAACAAUGUGGCCGUUACAAAAAAUAUUUUGGCAGUGUUACGGUAGGUGUUUGUUAUUCCUGACUAUUGUGUGACAUUCAAUAUCAUUAUUAGGUGUACAUGGGAAUAUUGUCUGACAAUUAUAUGCAUUUAUCUAACUGUGCCUAUUUAACAAUUUGUAGCUGGAAAUGUGAUAAGAUUACUGCAUGUAUUGUACAGAUGUAAGCACAUUUGUGUUUGUGCUUGUGUCCUUUUGUUUCCAUUGCUACAUAUGUUUGCUUGUCACUCAAAUCAUUUUCUUGCUUAUAAUGUCUUAUACGAUAAUCUUUUCUCAUCCAAGUCAUCAUGGCUGCUCGGUAUACAACAACAAAAUAGGUCCUACGGAUACUAUUUAAAUAUUGAGCGAGAGGAUUGAAAUAUUGGACAAUGGGAACAGUCUAUUAAACGAAUAUUAAAAAAAAAAAAAAAAGACUUGUGUGGACCACAAUGUGAUUUCAUAAAAAAGAUAUGGAAAAGUAUAUGGACUUGUCACUCGUAUUUAGCUGUCGUGGAGGUUUUUGUCUUGAAAAAAAAAAAAAGUUAACGCCUUCGUGAUUUACAACACAAUGGAAAGAAAGAAAAAUAAUUUGUUUAUGUGAAUUAAAAAGACGUCAUUUGACGACAUUCCGGACAGCCAAUGGCGACUUGCUUUACGCGUACUAGUCACUUCAAAGACAUGAGCGAGCCUUUCAAAUCCUCAUCAAACAUGUCCAGUAAAUUCUGCUCACAAAGAGAAGAACACGAUGGACCUCUUGAAGGAUCUACCCGUUUUUAACAAAAACAAUUUCAGCAGAUUUCAAGCAGACUCUAAUUUUCAGAUGGAUGUUUAUAUUCUCACUGAGGACUUUCCAUCAGAGCAAAUCAUUGUUCAGGAGAAGAAAGCUACGCUCUCGCAAUUUUGUGAAAACUGCAAGCACACUUUGAACAGAGGGAACGUGUUCAAGAGCAGGAACAUGCGGAAGGAGAGAACGCAGGGCUUCCUUGGAAUGGUACCAGGACAGAGAGAGGAAUGAAGGGGUUUUUUUUGGUACGGGUUGGGGGAAAAAAAAAUGUAAUGUAGAUUGUAAAUCUAUUAAUAAAUAAUAACGUUCAUGAACA